AUGUGUAAGUUUGAAAUCAUAGUACCAAAUGAAAAGAUGCCAGAUGAUUUUGGCAUUGCCAAACUCCCAACGUGCGGAAUUUCUGAUGAUCCAACCCCUGAAUCACAAGAAUAUAUUAAACCAGGAAAUAUUUUCGUAUCUCAAGAUUAUACUUUAAAAAUAGGUGAUUUUGGUAUGGCAAGGUAUAACGUAGAAAGAAGUCUAUCUCCAUUCCUUUUAAAUCAAGGGACAGAAAGUUUUAGAUCACCUGACAGGGAGACAGAAGGAGCUUCCUUUCACACUGACAUGUGGAGUGAAUAUAGGGAAUUGAUAAAUCUAUGUUUAAAUACAAAGAAAUCUGGGGUUACAAUUGAUAAUGCUUUAGAUUGUCAUUUAUUUAAAAUCACCAGACCGCAAAUACUACAUUACAUUGUAGCUAUUGACAUUGGUUCAAAUUGUAGUACCUUUUCAUUUACUUUAUCAAAACACAAUAGUGCUUUGAAAUGUAAAGUGAAGACAUUGACAGUUAUAUCACUUGACAAGUAUGGCAAGCUCGCAAGAUUUGGUGAUGGUGCUCGUCAUGAUCAUAAUGCUAUCUUUUCAAAGUACAAGAUGGUCCUCUUUAACACAGAGUCAAGAGAAAAGACAAUGGUCAAGGCUGAUAAUUGUAAUCAGAUUGCAUCGGUUGAAACACUCUUUACAGAGACUCUCAAGUACUUUAAACAAACAAGUUUAGAAAGCCUAAACGAUGAAUACAAGAGCAAUGUCGACCCAAGUCAGGUAUUGUGGGUAAUCACAGUACCCGAUACAUCUGAUAAUAUUUCUAAAAAGGCAAUACUGUUAUGUGCAAUAAAAGCAGGGUUAUGUACUAUAGACACUAUCAAAGAUUCGAUAAGGUUUGUUGGAGAAAGUAAAGCAGGUGCAAUGGAUUGUAUUUCAAAAACAAUGGACAAUCAAAUUAAACCUGAACAACAAUUUCUUGUUCUCAACCUUGGAAGAGAAUCUUCGAGUUUUAAUGUUUAUAAAAAAUUACAAAAUGGAUUUGAAAUAAUUGAUCUUCCACUUUUUGUAGACUGUGGAUCAAACCAUUGCGAUAUAAUAUUCAAAAACUUUUUGGUAGAUUUGCUAGGGAUUACCAGUAAUUGUGAUCGUUUAGACCAGUUGGUCAAUAAAUUCAAAUUGAUUAAAGAAUCAAUGGCCAAGGAUCGUUGCAAUGACAAAGGACCAAUAAUCAUUCAAUUUACCCCACUCGAGUUUGCAGAAAGAAUCAACCAACGAGUGGACUCGAAAACACCACCAAAUAUUCUAUACGAUCGUAGCAGAUCUACUAUUUCCAUCCCAUUCGCCUCGUUUGUCGAAUUCUUUUUGAAUCCAAUUUUCCAACAAAUCUUGGGCCAUCUCAAAUCUGAAAUGAACAAAAAUACAUUUGCUCAUAUCUUUAUGAUUGGUGGGUUUAGUGAAAACUAUGUCCUUCAACAAUUGAUAAAGAAAGAGUUUGCAUCGACCAACGUCAUAGUGCCACAGCAACCAUCAUUGUCGGUAGUCAGGGGUGCAUGUCGAUUAGCUAUUUGUCCAUCUGCCCAAUUAAACAAUACAGAUUCUAAUUAA